AUGAAGCUCGCCCUGUUCAGCUGCGUGGCGCUCGCCAUGGCCAUGCCCGCCGCCAUGGCAAAGACCACCAUCGAGUACACCGACAAGACCCUCGCCCUCCCCAUCAUGGCCAGCUCCCGCGGCGCAUCGUCCGUCGUCCCUACAAAGAUGGGCACCGCCUUUUUCCCAGAGGUCCUCGACAUCCUCCCGCACGGCUUCCUCCCGCGCUCCGUAGAGGUCCCCAAGCCCCGCGGAUACCAGAACAAGCGCCAGAUCAAGCACCAGAACGAAAAGCGCACCCUCGCCGCCGCCGCCUCCGCCAACAACGACAGCCAGCUCCUCGCCAGGGACGAUGCCGCCGCCGCCGCCGCCGCCAUGGCCAGCCCGCUCGCCACCCGCGCCGCGCCCCAGCUCCGCUUUGGCUACGGCGGCCAAAAGGUGCGCGGCGUCUCGCUCGGCGGCUGGCUCGUCGUGGAAAACUUCAUCGCCCCCUCGGUCUACGACCAGACGGGCAACCCCAAGAUCAUCGACGAGUGGUCCUUUGGCUCGCUCCAGUCGCGCUCCCGCGCCGCCUCGAUCCUCCAGCGCCACCUCGACACGUUUGUCACCGAGGACGACUUCCGCCAGAUUGCCCAGCUCGGACUCAACCACGUCCGCAUCCCCAUUGGCUACUGGGCCUUUGAGGUGGCCCAGGGCGAACCGUUUGUCAAGCUCAACCAGUGGGACAAGCUCAAGCAGGCCGCCGCCUGGGCGUCCAAGUACAACCUCAAGGUCCUCGUCGACCUCCACGCCAUCCCCGGCUCGGCCAACGGCUACGACCACGGCGGCCGCAAGGGCGUCAACUCGUUUGCCAGCAAAAAGUCGAACCUGCAGCGCACCCUGGCCAUCCUCAACACCAUGUCCAAGGAGUUUUCGCAGCCGCGCUACGCCAACUCGGUCGCGGCCAUUGAGCUGGUCAACGAGCCCAUCCUCGACGACAAGACGCUCCUCGACCUCUACUACAAGGGCUACGACGCCGUGCGCAACCCCAACGGCGUCGACGCCGCCCAGUCGCCCCUGCUCGUCGUCGUCGGCGACGGCUUCAAGUCGCCCGCCUACGGCAGCGGCUUCUGGAACGGCAAGUUCCCCGUCCCCCAGUACGAGGGCGUCGCCCUCGACUCGCACAUCUACACCAUCUUUGACGACGACUCGAUCCGCCUCAAGAGCGCCGACCGCAUCGGCUUCUACUGCUCGCUCAAGUCAAAGUGGGCCGCCGCCAACAACAACCUCUACUCGAUCGUCGGAGAGUGGACCCCGGCGUUUACCGACUGCGCCGUCGGACUCAACGGCCGGGGAACAGGAGCGCGCUACGACGGCACGUUUGCCGGAUCGCGCGGCCGGAUCCGCAGCUGCGGGCCCAAGUCUGGCAGCGCAUCGGGCUUCAGCGACGGCUACAAGACGCUGCUGGGCAAGAUGUGGGAGGCGCAGGUCGACGCAAACGAGGGCGGAAGCGGCUGGAUCAUGUGGACCUGGAAGACUGAGCCCGGCAAGGCCGAGGACUGGAGCUACCAGAAGGGCGUCGAGUACGGAUGGAUUCCGCGCGACCCCACCGCCCGACCCAACGGCAUCCGCUGCUGA